CAUUACCGACGAUGUGAUGGUGAAGCAGACAACAUGUAAGACGUCAGUGAAGAGCAGCGCUUGACGCAUGUUGGCUCCCGUCAGGUGCGGCCGGGCUGCAGCAACACACACACCGCCUCCGACCACCGUCGUCUCCGCAUCCGAUCAACGGUUGUUUUAAUGUCACACUGAAUGGAGGGCUUUGGAGUUCCAUUAAGAUGACCCGAACACAUCCACCUGAUCUACUGGCAACAACUCUACGGAAUGUUCCUUUGUAUCCAACCACCAAACACGUCCUUCCUCAUCACUCUUUUUUGCAAUGUGACUUGAAGAUGAUUGACAAACCAGAAAUCAUAAACAAAAGACACUGCCGCAGCUUUGACUUUCUUGAAUCACUGGACGACCCACAGUCAGUCUCUUCACCAAUGGAGUACCCUUUUAAGCGAGCAGAGCAGCAGAUAUCAAACAAAGACCUAACAUGGAACGGAGCAGAUCAACGAGGACAUCUUCACUUUUCAUCUCCAGAUCUGUUUAACUCCAGGCACGUUCAGCAACACGCCAGCCAAGAGAAAAGCGGCCAUCUCACAUGGUCAGAUUCGGUAAAUAGAAAAAGAUCGAGAAGUGCUCCAAGAAUCAAAUCCACGCUCACUCCUGUGCCCAUCUCAGUGUCCCCUCUGGAGAUCAACAAGGACAAGGUCGCCCCACAGCCACCGUUAGAUACUUUCAGGACCUCUGCGACACAAAGAGAAGCUUAUUCCUCCAAUAGGGCUUUUUUGAACGAGGUCCACCCAAUCAAACUGCAACCCCCUCUUUAUGUAUCUGAUUGUUUUGACGAGGGUAAAUCAGACAAACCAGUGACAACCCCUCAUGUCAGGUGCCGUGUGGACAUCAAACCAGAUGCUGCUGUACUUCAACACACAUCCAGACAGAUUCCCAACCUGCGCCCUGAACGUCACGCUUGGCAGCGAUACUCGCAGGCCGGUAGCAGCCGGGGUGUGUAUGUCCCUCGGCAUAUUAUCUCCUCACCCACACCGACUCCAAGUGAAUGCUACAGUGGGGAUUUUAGACAAGGAUAUCACUACACCACCAGCAUGUCUCCCCUAUCUUACCAGCAUCUCGACAUGUACAGAAUGCCCUCGCAAACAACACCAUAUCUAAAUCAGGAACAAAGAGCUUACUCCAACCCGAACAUCCCCACUAAAUUUUUUUACACUGAGGACCCUGUUCGAUAUCCAGUACAUCCUUAUCCUAGGGCUUACUUUCAGGAUGAUAGAUCCAGUUUAGCCAGCCGUGGUAGUACUAUGACUAGUCAGUACGAUCCAAGGAAUCGAUGGGUGCAUACCCUGCCUCUCAGGUCAUAUUACACAGACCCUUUUUCUAAUCAAGAACCGGCACACUCUGUAUAUAGCACACCCUAUUCUACAAGUGAGGCAGGGUCAUACUUUUCUCAAACCCCCACCAGCUCUUACUAUGGCGAUGAUCACCGCUUCAAUCCAUACCACCAAAGUUGCACUAAUUUGUAUUAUAACAAGCCGUUUAACUCUCACGAGGAGCGGUACUUUCCAUUGAGGCAAUGCCACACGGAAGGCCGUCGCCGACCCCGCAUGUCACAGGCUUUUUCAGAAGACUGGUAUCGCUCAAGUAUAUCUGGUUAUUCCAACCAGAGUUCUCAGCUCACCCCACCGAGGGUAAGGACAGAGCCUGGUGUACCACCAUGGUAUAGUAACUAUGGCACAGAGACAAGUAGAUUAGGGACAGAGGCUAAAAACCAUUCAAAGUCUUGGGACAAUAUUCUUUAUCCCCAACAUAAGAAAGAGCAAUCAGUGCCUCGUGGCCGAAGCUAUGAGAACCUGUUUUACCAAGCAAGGCACGGGUCCUCUCCCAGUGUCACAUCUCAACCUGUUAUCCUUAACCUAUCCAGUUCACCAAAGCGCUACGCUGCCUUGUCCCUCUCCGAGACCUCUUUAGAGAGAGGAUCUAGCAAUCCGUGGAAGAAUACUAAAAGCAGCCACUGGUUUGUGACCCCCGAGAUUACCAUAACAGACAAUGACAUAUGCGCAGGCAACAAUGAGCGGCUUGGCGUGCACCCUGUCAACUGGAAUACCCUAGACAAUGAAAAGAAAGCUGCUCCAAGAGUGAUAGACGUCAAGAAGUCAUUCAACACAACAGAAAUGACCAAAGAAAGGAAACGCAACAAUGUCUCCCUUCAGCAGAGUCUGGAGCAGCUUGAUGAGUUGUUAGCUGACUUGGUUGUUGAUUACAAGCCACCAACCAGCAGGAAGUCUAGUGGGGACUUUCUGGAUCAGCUUAAACAACUGAUUACUGAAGAUAAUGAAAAAGUCAAGGGAUCUUCUGAGAUUGAAAAUCUUGAAUGUUUGAAUACUCAGCUCCCUUCUUCUAAAUCCAGUCCUGACACAAUCAAAGACCUGGAUAGUGGAUGCGAUGCUUUACAAAGAAGUGCAGAAGAAUGUUCUCCGGACCACAGUGUGGGGGAAGAUGAAACAAUGGUGUGUGCUAACAACAAGUGCAAGCGUUCUGAGAAUAUGUUCAAUGCAUGCUUGUACUACAAAUCAUGUCACAGUUGCUACACGUUUUACUGCUCACGAAACUGCCGCAGGGAUGAUUGGGAGACCCACAAAGAAAACUGUCUGUACGGCCGUGUGAGUAGUGUCUGUAGGCACACACUCAAGUUCUGCAGAGAAAAUGCAGAGAUUCAUAAAGCCUUCUCUCGUAUCGCAAAAGCCGGGUACCUUUCUAGAGGCAGAGGUGUCCUCUUUUUGGGUUUCCCCAAUCCAGAGACGGCUGCUCAUUUUCUGGAAGUUGGGCUUGAGAGCCUCGUCAUGUCCCCCACAUACCUAUCUCUCAGAGAGCUAGAUGGCUUUAAGGACAACUUGGGUGAAUACUGCAAGGAUCUGCAGCAGGCGGGUAAUGAAUAUGACACCAGUGAAUGUUUCCUCUUGAAUGUAUCCGUAGCUGUCGGUGAACUCGUGCCUAACAGACCGUCACCAAGGGUCCAAACACCGACAGUUCGAAAAUAUGCAAAGGUAUCCUUGGCUUCUUCAAGCCCGGACAAAAAGAUAGUGAAGAAGGACAGUGAAAUGGAAACUCUUAUCCUCACCCCACCUCCAGGAACACCAGACAUUGAUCAGGAGGGUGAGGAGGGAAGAAAAGCCAGAGAGGUGUGCUUUGUCAACAUUCAGCGUGAGCUCAGGAUUAGGGGAGUCUUCCUUCGUCAUGAGUAUCCCAAAAUCUAUAAUCAGCUAUGUGAGUUUGUGGAAACCAACACGAGGUUCACUCCAACAACUAUUUACCCAAUAGAUAAGAGAACAGGAAAACAGUUCAUGUGCAUGAUCAUGGCCGCGUCAGAGCCGAGGACAUUGGACUGGGUGGGCACCCCCAAUCUCUUGGAUGAUAUUAUUUAAAACGCAAUGGAGAAGAGUGAUUAUAAGUCAGUCGCACUUUAUGUGCCUAUUGUAAAUACAUGAGUUUUGAGAAAUUGAAGACUGACAAAAUAUUUGCAUUUGGCCACUUCCCCUUUCUGCCUCGUUGACCUUUUGCACAUGCUCACAGUUUUUAUUCUCCUGCAAGUUAAUAGAUUGCAUGUAAACUGGGCACAGCACAACAACUUUGGUGUUAAAGAUGUGAACGUGUAUUAUUUAUCAUUAAUACAUUCCUGCUCAACGGUGUAUAAUGAAGCACAUUUGCAGGAUACGCACAUCAUCUUGCAUUCAUAUAAUAGACACAUGACAUGUCUCAUUUAAUAGAAGUCCCUUUGAAAUGUUUUCUCAUAUCUCUUGUUUGUAUUAUACCCUGCAAUCGUAAUAACAACUGUUAAGUAUUGGGUGUAUAUUCAUUUAUUUAGUAAACUGUAUUUGUGUGGCUGUAUUAGUUCAUGUUUAAUAGAAAAUGAAGUACAAUCGACACAGCCUUUUAGUUUUCCACCUCAGUAAGAAUUUUGGAUUGUGUCAUGCUUGAGUAAAUUGCUUUGUUGGAAGGUGGCCUUCAUUUAGGACUAUAUUAAAUUAAUGUAUAGAUUAAAAGUUUUUCUCCAGGUGUAAGAGGUUGAUUUAACAACCCUUUAAAAUGACGGAUUUAUUUUCUUCAAGGCAUGAUAUUUUUUAUCAAGGUAUUUUAUUAUUAAUGUUGCUUAUAACACACUUUUAAAGAAGACAAAGUUAUAAAUGUGAUAGACGAUAUUGAAUAAUACAAACUAACACUUCAGUUUGUUUUAGACAAUAUGCAAUCGAAGAGCAACAAUGAAAUAUAUUGAAGAAUAAUUAUGUAUUAUUAAUGUGGAAUCAUUCCUUGUGUUGUAAAACUUGUUUUUUAUUUUUAUUUAAAUAUAAAUGAUGAGAACGUUCAUAAAUUAUCUGCAGCACUGUAUAUGCCUGCUUUCACUCUCAUUGCUGACUAAGCUAAAUCUGCUCUUUUACUGGAUUAUAUCUUUGUGCAAGAUCUUAGAAAUUUAUAUUUUGUGAUGUUUAUAACAUAUAUAUAUAGAUAUAUAAUAAAUGGAAUUGAACAAGUGACCUCAUGGUUUCUCACCGCACCCCACCUCCCCAGCCCCCAUCCCCCCACCACCACCACACACACAUACUUGGUAAUUGUUCUUUAUGAUUUUUGGGGUUAGAGUGUCCGUCCUGAGAUCGGUAGGUCGUGAGUUCAAACCCCGGCCGAGUCAUACCAAAGACUAUAAAAAUGGGACCCAUUACUUCCCUGCUUGGCACUCAGCAUCAAGGGUUGGAAUUGGGGGGCUAUCCAUCCAUCCAUCCAUUUUCUACCGCUUGUCCCAUUCUGUCACGGGGGGUCCUAGAGCCUAUCUCAGCUGCAUUCGGGCGGAAGGCGGUGUACACCCUGGACAAGUCGCCAGGGCCAACACAGAUAGACAGACAACAUUCACACACUAGGGCCAAUUUAGUGUUGCCAAUCAACCUAUCCACAGGUGCAUGUCUUUGGAGGUUGGAAGAAGCCGGAGUACCCAGAGGGAACCCACGCAGUCACGGGGAGAACAUGCAAACUCCACACAGAAAGAUCCUGAGCCCGGGUUUGAACCCAGGACUACUCAGGACCUUCGUAUUGUGAGGCACAUGCACUAACCCCUGUACAACCGUGCUGGCCCCGGAAUUGGGGGUUAAAUCACCAAAAAUUAUUCCCGGGCGCAGCCACCGCUGCUGCUCACUGCUCCCCUCACCUCCCAGGGGGUGAUCAAGGGUGAUAGGUCAAAUGCAGAGAAUAAUUUCACCACAUCUAGUGUGUGUGUGACAAUCAUUGGUACUUUAACUUUAACAUAACCAUCUACUUCAUACCAACCAUAGGUCCUUCACACCAACAGCCAUCAGACUGUAUAAUGCAUAUGUUCCUUCUUGACUGCACUUAAAUGAGUAUAUGUAGUAUAUGUAGAAAAUAUUUAUAUUAUUUAUAUAUUAUAUAUAUAUAAUAUAUUAUAUAUAUUACAUUAUUUAUUAUUAUUCUUGUCUAUUGUUAGCGAACUGUGGUGCUGAAUUUCCCCCAGGGAUCAAUAAAGUACUUUCUAUUCUAUUCUAUC